AUGAUCAUGGUACUUUUGGUGUAUCAGCUAGUACUUGCAAUAGAGACUUGCAGGUUUGUGAAGUACUUCUGUGACGAGCAGGGAAUAAAGGUUCCCGAACAAAUAAUGGACGAUUACAACGAAGCAGAAGGAGAGUUUGGAAACGAUCCAGAGUCCUUUGAUUUCAUAUUUCACAAUGGAGGCGAAAUGGACAUUUUCCAAUACAAGAUUGGAGUAGAGCUGGUUGCGUCGGUGUUCCUGGUCAGAAGGACAUUCUACAUGAUAGUAGAUGAAGAACCUGUGGGGAGAAGUGUUGUUUUGCUUUACACAAUGUAUGUUUCGAAAAAAUAUCGAGGAAAGGGAUACUCAAAAAGAAUCCUGAAGGAUGCUUUAGACUCUCUGAAUAGCCAUUACGGAAUGAACGGAGACUUCUUGGUGGUCUUACAUUUGGAUCCAAAGGAUAGAGAUAUGGCCCUUGCCUUUUCUUUAUACUACAACCUCAACUUCAGGAAUGGAGGGUUUUCAAUGACAGGUCCAGGGGAAAAGCAAUAUUUCCUGGAGGAAAUUCUUGAAUAUAGAGAUCCCUGCGACGCAGUUGAUAAAUACAAUGAGAAAAGAGAUAAAGGGCUACACAUGAUAAUGUUCUGUGAAUACUCAAAGCUUUUUACAUGUAAGAAGAUUCCAUAUGAGCGAUUAAUGGAGUAUGGAUCAAGGCUGAAGAGCAUUUUGAGGAGUAAUAAGCCGGUGGAAACCCAAUCUAUGUCAUGA